AGUCUCCCACCCGUUCUCUCCUGAUGGAGGCUCCUAAAGGUGUCCAGAUCUUAGCCGAGGCCGGAGACAUCCAGGCCACCUGCCGGAACGAGCUGCGGCUGGAGUCCAAAGACGGAGAGAUCUCUCUAGAUGCAAAGAGGAUUCGUCUCUUGCGGUUACCGGAGGGGAAGGCGUCAUCCAGCUCCUCCUCAGCUGGCAGCAGACAGACGGUUUAUGAGGUAUGCGUCUGUGCCAACGGGCGACUCUUCCUGUCGCAAGCCGGGACCGGCUCCACCUGCCAGCUCAGCAACAACAUCUGCCUCUAGGACUCACCUGUCAAUCAUCGACACACCCUGACAGACAGACAGACAGACAGACAGACAGACAGACACAGUACAUACACUGUCUCUAGAACUGAUGAAUACAUUUUAAACACAUACAUCAAUGCAUUUAGACACACACACACACACACACACACACUAUCUGCCAUCCAGAAGCGAUAUGGACAUAGUGACAGACACAAAUAUCUACAAACUCACACAAACAAGAAUACAACACUGCUAUACUGAAAUAUUGUAUACACACACACGCACACACACACAUACACAUACAACACACA